AUGGAGUCUUCCAACGCGACCAGUGGCACAACAGCAGCCAUCUCGCAGGCUGUCUCUAACAUCAUGAACAGCUCCACGACUGCGGUGGCAUCUGCCUUGACUCAGGCUCAGGAUGUCGCCCGCGUCGAGGGUUCGUCUUCAUGGCUUGGCCUCAUCGCCCGGCUUAUUCUGUUCAUACUGCAUAUUGUCAGCACCAUCAUAUACUGGAGUUUGAAGCUUACCACCAUCUCUGUGCCAACACUGCUGUUCGCACUCUUCUCGACAAGCUGGACGGUGACGAUGAAUGCUACCACACUGGCCCUGAUCUUGUUCCUCAUGUUCUCUGGGGUAACGUGGAUCGUGAGAUAUCGGUACCUGAACAUGUACUCACGCCUGCCACCCGAACCGCAGCGCAAAGAGCCAGAGUUGGAUAUGUUUCCUGAAACCCAUGACCAGGACACAAAGCCUGGUCUCUCCAAUUAUCUCGAUGAAUUCCUCAGCGCCAUCAAAAUCUUCGGAUACCUAGAACGCCCCGUCUUCCAUGAAUUGACUAGGAGUAUGCAAACUCGGAAGCUUAUCGCUGGCGAGACCCUCAACCUGGAGGACGAGAAAGGCUUCUGUCUCGUGGUAGAUGGACUUGUCGAAAUCUUCGUCAAAUCCUCUCAACGCAAUCAGGCUUACGGGCAAAGCGUGGCGCCUGGGUCUUCUGUGGAAUCGUUCUUUACUGAUGAUGAUGAUGAUGAUGAUGACAACACUCAUACGGGUCAGCAACGGUACCAGCUCCUGACUGAGGUUAGGAAUGGCAACCCCAUGUCCUCACUGUUUUCAAUCAUGUCCUUGUUCACAGAGGAUGUGCAACUCGGUGUGCCAUCCGAGGACAACGAGGAUCUAUCCCAAUCACGCGCAGUCAAUGGCGGAAGAAGCCGUCCACGUAUGCCGUCUACCGCCGGUCUCGCCAGUCACGAUAGCACUAUUUUGCCCCAGUCAAGUGUACGUGAUGGCUCGAAAAGGAAGCCUACAUAUGUCGAGGAACCUGAGGUAAUAAGUCCUGCCUCCCCUGGCGGCGCAACCUCCUUGCCCAAGAUACCGCCUAUCUCUCUGGACGAGUCUUCUAUGCCUCGGCCUCCUUUGCGUCCAUCGGUGAAACGGACCGCGACCUCUGUCCACCCUGAUAUUAUCGCCAGAGCUACAGGGGAUACCACCAUCGCAAUCAUACCGGCGAGUGCUUUCCGCAGACUAAUUAAGGUUUAUCCAAAAGCCACCGCUCACAUCGUUCAUGUGAUUCUGUCGAGAUUCCAGCGCGUGACUCUCGCCACAGCGUACAAUUAUCUCGGACUGACCAACGAAGUACUUCACACGGAAAAGAAGAUGAUGAAGUUCACCACCUGUCAACUGCCGAACGUUCUCCGGGGCGAUGCUUUAGAGCGUCUGAAAGAAAAAUUCAAGCAAGAAAGGGAGAGGUCGGGAGAAGAUGAAUCUGGCAAGGGGAUCGCUUUGCACAAUACGUCAAACACGGGCCGCCGUCGCCGAUCAUCGACGAGUCUACGCAAGGAUGCCGCGUUACACGCAAUGUCUCGACAUCGACAGAAAUCUGUAGUGGCAUCAACAAUUGUACCCCCUCACGAGCGUCUAUCAAUACAUACUCCGAGCCCCGGAGACCUUUUGGCUAAUGUCCAUAUGGCUCGAAGUGGCGGGGGUCGACCGUCCGGUACACUGGAGAUACCUCUCACGCAGCCGUGGCAGCCAUCGCCAGAGUCACUUGUCCAGGAAGAUGGCACUCCCUUGGCACAACGAAGCUUCAAUCCAUUUGCCACACAAGGUCGGGCUCGGCUGUCCAUUGACCCUCGGGAAUCUGUGGACGAGGACAACAUAUUUCGUGUUUCCAUAUUAGAAUGCGUAUUCAAGACCUUGGGAAUGAGCUCUGGAGGGACAUCGUCGAGAGGACCGGAGUCUACAGAAGGGUCUCCGAGACUGGUGUCUUAUGACCAAAGAAAGCCGAAAGCGAUGUUCAGCAGCAACAAUGCGUUUGGUUUCAUGGAUCCGUUUGACGGGUCGGCUGAUUGGGACGCUGAAUCGAUGACUUCUGGCGGUGUCUCCAUUCCGGGCACUCCCAGUGCGCAGUUUUUGGCCACGGAAAUGAAAAACGAUGUUGAAAUCGUCUUCUUCCAUGAAGGAUCAGUUCUGGUUGAGCAAGGCGAGCGGAGUCCAGGCUUGUACUACGUGAUUGACGGCUUCCUUGAUAUCUGUGUUCCCUCUGAAGAUCCCGGCAGCGAGAUUCUGAGCUCGGCAAGCAGGACCUCCACCAAUGCUAUGCACAGAGCAGAAUCGUCUUCCAACUUCACUUUACCAAGGAACUCUGACCAACCCAAGAGCGUGCCAGAGGGCAAACGAAAUGGCAGCACCAAUCGCCGUCGUGUUGGGCUUGUGAAGCCCGGCGGCGUCGCAGGCUACAUUGGUACGGUUUCGUCAUACCGGUCUUUCAUUGACGUGGUGGCGAAGACCGAUGUCUACGUCGGUUUCAUUCCCAGAGCGACGGUGGAGAAGAUCGUGGAACGGUAUCCAAUAGUGCUUCUGACCAUGGCCAAACGUCUAACCUACCUACUCCCAAGGCUGUUGCUGCACAUCGACUUCGCUCUCGAGUGGGUUCAGGUCAAUGCUGGCCAGGUGUUGUUCAAUAAGGACGAAGAAAGCGAGGCCAUAUAUCUUGUUCUCAACGGGCGGCUACGGUUGGUUGAAGAUCGACGGGAUGGCGGGAUGAAUGUUCGUGCUGAGUUUGGUCAGGGGGACAGUGUCGGAGAAUUGGAGGUCAUGACUGAGUCUGCGCGGUCCGGAACCUUGCAUGCCAUCCGCGACACAGAGCUCGUCAAAUUCCCUCGGACUCUAUUCAACAGUCUGGCUCAGGAGCACCCCAACAUCACAAUCAAAAUCUCAAAGAUUAUUGCCUCGAGGAUGCGACUUCUAGUCGACAAUCCAGCUAGCCUCGCAGGAAAGGAUCCCACGACCGGCGCUUCGAUCAACCGAGGCUCAUCAACGCUCAACAUACGGACAGUUGCAAUCCUGCCUGUCAGGGCCGGCAUCCCGGUAGUCGAGUUCGGAAACCGCCUGAUGAAUGCUCUCACGCAGGUCGGCACACCAAACGGCGCCACAUCCCUGAACCAGUCCGCAAUCCUCGGUCAUCUUGGCAAGCACGCUUUCAACAAGAUGGGAAAGUUGAAGUUGGCUCAUUAUCUUGCUGACCUGGAAGAGAAGUACGGACUGGUUGUCUACGUUGCAGACACAAGUGUAACCUCUCCAUGGACACAAACCUGCAUCACACAGGCAGAUUGUAUCCUGCUUGUUGGCCUGGCAGAAGGUUCUCCCGAGAUUGGCGAGUACGAGCGGUUCAUGCUGGGUAUGAAGUCCACCGCCCGCAAGACUUUAGUCCUACUUCACGCCGAUCGAUACUCGCCUCCAGGAUUGACCAGAUCUUGGUUGAGAAACCGCGUUUGGAUCAAUGGCGGCCAUCACCACAUGCAGAUGUCUUUCGGCGCAAGCGCCAUGCCUGUCCAUCCGCCCGCGAGGAAGGGCGGCCCGACCUUGAAGGAACGUGUGCAAAUAUUGCAGGCUGAGAUACAAAAGUAUACGACUCGCAGGAUCCGCCAAAGGCCAUACUACUCUCCCGAUGCCCCCUAUAAAGGGGAUUUUCAAAGGCUGGCCAGGAGACUUUGUGGCAGAUCCAUUGGUCUUGUCCUGGGCGGUGGCGGUGCCCGGGGGAUUGUACAGAUCGGCAUCAUAAAGGCCAUGGAAGAAGCCGGAAUCCCCAUUGAUAUUGUUGGCGGCACGUCGAUCGGCUCCUUCAUUGGAGGACUCUAUGCUCGAUAUGCUGACGUGGUGCCUAUGUUUGGGUUAGCGAAGAAAUUUUCUGGUAGGAUGGCGAGCAUGUGGCGCUUCGCUCUGGACCUGACUUAUCCGUCCGCAUCAUAUACGACUGGUCACGAGUUCAAUCGCGGGAUAUUCAAAACCUUCGGAAAACACCAGAUUGAGGACUUCUGGUUGGAAUACUACUGCAACACCACAAAUAUCAGCAAGAGCAGAGGCGAGAUCCACACAAGCGGGUAUGCUUGGCGGUACGUUCGGGCAUCCAUGUCACUGGCUGGCCUUCUGCCGCCUCUCUGCGACGAGGGUAGCAUGUUGCUAGACGGCGGGUACAUCGACAACCUGACUGUGUCGCAUAUGAAGUCCCUUGGGGCCGAUAUCAUAUUCGCCAUCGACGUAGGAGCCCUUGAUGACAACACGGCUCAGGACUACGGCGAUUCGCUGUCGGGCAUGUGGGCGUUCGCCAACCGAUGGAACCCUUUCUCGAGUAUUCCAAAUCCUCCUACACUAGCCGAAAUCCAGGCCCGGCUAGCCUAUGUCUCCAGUGUCGACGCGCUCGAGCGAGCCAAAACAAUGCCGGGAUGCAUAUACAUGCGUCCGCCUAUUGAUGACUAUGGAACGUUGGACUUCGGGAAGUUCGACGAAAUCUACGAACUGGGAUACAGUUAUGGUAAGGAGUUCCUUGCCCGCUUGAGGAAAGAGGGUUUCCUUCCUCUGGUUGAGGAAAUUGAGGCAAAGAAAGCCCUUCGGAGGACCAUGGCACCUCGACGAGCGAGCAUUUGA